UCCACCAUAAUUACCACCACCUCCACCAUAAUUACCAUCACCUCCACCAUAAUUACCACCACCUCCACCAUAAUUCCCAUUACCACUUCCACCAUAAUCAUAAUUACCACCUCCACCAUAAUUACCACCUCCACCACCUCCACCAUAAUUCCCAUUACCACUUCCACCAUAAUCAUAAUUACCACCUCCACCAUAAUUACCACCUCCACCUUACCACCACCUCCACCAUAA